CCAGUUCAGAGCAGCCUGAACAUCUUACGCGCUGGGAAGACGAAGCUCCAGCUGGAACAUUCAGGUUUCUUUCUUUUCUUUAGGGCCAGCUGCUGUGACAAAUUUGCGGAGCUUCCUCUGCAGUUUCCUGUGUGAGAUUUUUUUAGCUGACAUCAUCAUAUCUCACCUAGUGACUGAAUUACCCUCAUAACAAAGUAUGGAGGGGGCCGUGGUGAGCAACCUCAUAGACUUUGACUCGCCCCCAGAAGGGAUAGCUCCCUCUGCCCUUGGACCUCCCAGUGGGGCGGGCUUUUUUUCAUCUGAGCCUCUCAUCCCUGAGCCUGCGAGCGACGCCACCAUGGAGCCCCUUUUACCAGAGCCAAUGGCACCCACACACACUUCCCACAGAGAAGAAGACAGUGACGCCACCGAAUCUGCCGACAGCGACAAUGAGGACACAGAAUCCCCGUCGCACCCGUCGAGCACACGCCGGUCAUCAUCCUGCUCCAGUCACAGCACUGAGGACGCAGAGGAGACAGAGAUAAGAGCGUUUAUGAAAACCUACGUGGCAAAGCUCUUCCAUGGAAGGGAGGACUUUGAUCAGGAGGAGAAGGCUCGCUUUGGAGAGCUGUGCACUGGAGAAAAUGGCAAAGGCAGGGAGUGGUUUGCCAAAUAUGUCAGUGCGCAGCGCUGCCACUCCAAAUGUGUGAGUGAACAAACAUUCUACAGGCUGGUUCAGUCCUUCGCUGUUGUUUUAUUUGAAUGUCACCAGAUGGAUGAUUAUGGCCCAGCCAAACACCUCAUGACCAUGUGCUUCACAUACUACUACAUGGGUAAGUCCCAGCUAUCUCCCACAGAGCUGCUGGAGAGGCCCAGCGGGGGGAUCGACUCGUACCUGCGCAGUGGAAAGGUCUGGCUCUCUGGGAAGAAAGAUAUUGCAGAGCGACUGCUCAAAAACACCUCUGCUAAGACUGAUGUUAAAGGAUUCUUUGGUGGUCUGGAGAGCAAACUGAGAGGACCCUUGGGCCGAAAAAAUGAAGACACAGACAAACCUGCUGAGCAGAAAACCAAAACUCCAGUUUCUCCCCCUCUCUCUCCGGAUAGAAAAGAAGAGGAGAAAAUUUACCUCUACACACAUCUGAAACAGCAGCCUAUUUGGCACACUUUGAGGUUUUGGAACGCAGCGUUUUUCGAUGCCGUCCAUUGUGAGAGAAAUAAAAGAUCCCCUACCACGAGGCGGACGGCUGAGGAAGAGAAAGAUGAAAGAGAAAAGUGGUGUCAUAUGACCCAGGAAGAGAAAGACGAUAGCUCCAGAUUUGAUGAGAAUAUUACCUUCGGGCAACUGGGAACAUUCACCCAUAACAUGGUGGCUUUUGGACUGAGCAAGAAACUCUGCAAUGACUUCCUGAAAAAGCAAGCAGUCAUUGGAAAUCUGAAUGAAGAGCAAUACAAGCUGCUGUGUGACCACAUUGAGCAGAUGGCUGCAGAGUGAAUAUCCAAAUUCAUCUAAACUCUACCGUACACAUCAGCACGUCCAUUCAAGCUCUAAUGAUCAGUAUUUCAUAGAUGCCAUUGACCCUAUAGUCCUACCAUUAUCCUUACCAACCAGAACAGAAAUAAUGUAACUAAAAUGGUUGGCAUAGAUCAGCCACAUCCCAUGAUCCUCCAGCGUCCAGCUGCAGUGUAAAACGGUUUAUUUCUAUCCAAAAUGCAACAAUGUGAAAAAAUAUGCACAUAUUCUGGAAUAGCAAUAUGGCUAUGUGUCUUCAGGCAUCAUAAGACACAAUAUCUGUCAUAGUAUAUGGAAUUUAUAUUGUGUGAUGUGAACAUGAUGCAAAUCGCCAUUUAAAAUAUUUCAUAUAUUUCCCUGCAACUUUUAUGUACAGAGCUAUUGUACUAAAAGUGUCCUUUGAGCAAAUACAAUAGUGAACAAAAAAUACAGUCUAACACUAUCAGUAUUUCACUAUAUCAAUAUCAACAAAGUCAGUGUAUCAAUAUUAUAAGUCAUCUGGUCUUCAAUAAUCUCUACUGGUCUGUUCCUAUUAUGUGUUCCCAUCAUCUUUUCUGGUCUUGUGUUCUUCCUGGAUGGAUAAAUUGAGUAUUAAUAGUGUUUGUGACAUCCUCACAUGUCUAUUCCCCAGUUUAAAGUGCCUUUAGUCAUUUAUUAAGCGGUGAUCUUCCCAUGUUAGUGUGAACAAACCUGUGUCAGCAUGCUGUUAUCCUCCCAUGACUUUCUGGGGUUGUGCUCAUAAGUUUGUGCACCCUGCCAGUAGUUGUGUUAGUGUUGUAUGGAUAAUGCUUGCGGUUCGUAUUCAAGUCAUUUAAAAAGUAUCAUGCGGCGGCUGUUUCGAUAUCGUACAGUGUUGUGUCUUCAGUGCAUGGUAUGCAUGCAGAUUGUUUACCAUCUACUUACACUGCUGUGCAAUUACAUUUCAAGCCAAUAGAGGGCAAUCACAACCCUCCGCUUCGACUGUAGAUCGGUGGAGGUGAAUGUCAACCACUGAGUGGGGUCUUCAGGAGCGUGUAUCGAAUCCUACAUCCUCCAUCUGAGGAAAAAAAAAACAGAAGUUAAUAUAUUUGGUUUGUAAAUACAGAUUGUUUUGUUAACAGAAUAAUAAGGAAUAUGGGCUGGUUUAACAGGAUCGUCAAGAUUGUUGGGCAAUUAUUUAUUCAGUGUCUGUAUGUGUUGUACAUGAGUGCAUGGUUGUAUCAGGAAUGUGUUGGAUCCAAUAUGGUCUAGUCAUUGCAUUUCAGAUGAUGAUAAUAUUGUGCUGUCUAUGUAAAUUUAUGUUCAUAGUAAGCUCAGUGGUCCACAUUGUAUUUUUCCCAAGUGCCCUGAAUUUCCAACAAGAGAGGUGUUGACCUAUCUCUGUGUCAAGUGUUUACAAUAAAAAUGCAAAUGAUAA